AUGGCACCCUGGACGCGUCUGGCUUUUGUGCCUCUUCUUGCCCAAUCCAUAGCCGCUACUCCAGUUGCAGACGCCCAAAGCAACGCUGCGAUUCAACUAGAUCAGCGCGACUCAGUCCCAGAAGGCUAUGAGUCGCCGCCCUACUACCCCACGCCAUACGGCGGCUGGAUCUCCGACUGGUCCGAAGCAUACACAAAAGCACAGCAGGUAGUCGCCAACAUGACACUCGCCGAGAAAGUGAACCUCACGACCGGAACGGGCUUCUACAUGGGCCCCUGCGUCGGACAAACCGGCAGUGCGCCACGGUUCGGCAUCCCGAAUCUCUGUUUACAGGACUCACCCUUGGGAAUUCGCAAUUCAGAUCACAACACCGCGUUCCCGCCGGGUAUAACUGUGGGCGCCACCUUCAACAAGGAUCUGAUGUACGCCCGGGGAGUAGGUAUUGGCGAGGAAGCUCGAGGGAAGGGUGUUAAUAUCCAACUCGGUCCUGCUGUUGGACCGCUUGGGCGGAAGCCGAGGGGAGGUCGGAUUUGGGAAGGGUUUGGUGCAGAUCCAUCAUUGCAGGGUAUUGGUGGUGCGCUUACUAUUAAGGGGAUGCAGAGUACUGGUGCUAUCGCGACGAUUAAGCAUUAUAUCGGAAAUGAGCAGGAGAUGUAUCGGAUGAGCAGUGUGAUUACGAAGGGGUAUUCCUCUAAUAUUGACGAUCGCACGCUUCAUGAGCUUUAUCUGUGGCCUUUUGCUGAUGGUGUUCGUGCUGGUGUUGGUGCUCUGAUGACUGCGUAUAACGAUGUUAAUGGCUCUGCGUGUAGCCAGAAUAGUAAGCUUAUCAAUGGUAUCUUGAAAGACGAGUUGGGUUUCCAGGGUUUUGUCAUGACUGAUUGGUUGGGCCACUACACGGGCGUGGGAUCUGCGUUGUCUGGUCUUGAUAUGUGCAUGCCUGGUGAUGGUGCUGUGCCAUUGCUUGGCGAUAGCUAUUGGGGAUCUGAGCUGUCGCGUUCGAUUCUCAAUGGUAGUGUUCCAGUUGACAGACUCAAUGAUAUGGUGACUCGCAUUGUGGCUACCUGGUACAAGAUGGGCCAAGAUGAAGACUAUCCUCUGCCUAAUUUCUCCACCAACACAGAGGAUGAAACUGGUCCACUUUAUCCCGGGGCUCUCUUCUCUCCUACAGGAGUUGUGAAUCAAUAUGUCAAUGUUCAGGGCACCCACAAUAUUACUGCGCGCGCUGUCGCUCGCGAGGCAAUCACUCUGCUGAAGAAUGAAGAUGACAUCCUCCCGCUUGGAAAGAAUGCCUCAUUGAAAGUGUUCGGCACGGAUGCAGGCGGUAACCCCGACGGACUCAAUUCUUGCACAGAUAUGGGUUGCGACAAAGGUGUCUUGACUAUGGGCUGGGGCAGCGGCACUGCCAGGCUGCCCUAUCUCAUCACCCCCAAGAAGAAUGCCGAGUUCUACAUCACCGACUCAUUCCCGUCUGAUGUGACCGCCUCUGCCAAUGACAUCGCAGUCGUCUUUAUCAACGCCGACUCGGGCGAGAACUACAUCACCGUCGAGGGUAACCCGGGUGAUCGUACCGAGGCGGGAUUGAAUGCCUGGCACAAUGGAGAUGACCUCGUUAAGGCGGCAGCAGAAAAGUUCUCUCAAGUCGUCGUAGUGGUUCACACCGUCGGUCCCAUCCUCAUGGAAGAAUGGAUCGAUCUUGACUCGGUCAAAGCCGUGCUUGUCGCCCACCUUCCAGGCCAGGAAGCUGGCAAUUCCCUUGCCGAUGUACUCUUUGGCGACUAUAGCCCUAGCGGUCACAUGCCAUACACCAUUCCGCGCAGUGAAUCCGAUUACCCAGAUAGCGUGGGCAUCAUCAAUCAGCCAUUCGGCCAAAUUCAGGAUACCUAUACCGAAGGUUUGUACGUGGAUUACCGGCACUUCCUGAAUGCCAACAUCACCCCGCGCUAUCCCUUCGGCCACGGCCUCUCAUACACAAUAUUCAACUUCUCAAACCCCUCCAUUUCAGUGGUAACUGCACUCGAUGCCGCCUACCCCCCGACCGCACCAGCACGAGGACCAACGCCCGUCUACAAUGAUUCUAUCCCCGCAGCCUCAGAGGUAUCAUGGUCCUCUACACAUUUCACCCGCAUCUGGCGGUACUUGUACCCCUACCUCGACAACCCGGAAUCAAUAAGUGCAUCGGACGACUACCCCUAUCCGGAUGGCUAUAGCACGACCCCGCAGCCGGCGCCACGUGCAGGUGGUGGCCAGGGUGGAAACCCCGCUCUCUUCGACGUUGCAUUUUCCCUGCAGGUCGAUGUCAAGAAUACGGGUUCAAGGCCGGGCAAGGCUGUUGCCCAGCUUUAUGUGGAGUUGCCGGCUAGUUUGGGUGUUGAUACGCCGUCCUUGCAGUUACGACAGUUUGAGAAGACGGGGACGCUUGAGCCUGGUCAGUCUGAGACUUUGGUGUUGGAGAUUACGAGGAAGGAUGUUAGUAUUUGGGAUGUGGAGGUGCAGGAUUGGAAGGCACCUGUUAAUGGGGAGGGAAUUAAGGUCUGGGUUGGGAAUAGUGUUGCUGAUACUCCCAUUCUUUGUGUUGUUGGUGGGGGAUGCUCGUUGCAGUGA